AAAUUACCUUAGUUAAAAGGCAUUGCAAAAAUUAGGGCAACACACCUACAUUCUCUCCUCUCUAUCAGACUCCUUCACUCCUCUUCAACAAUGUGAGGUUUUUUCUUCAAAUACAAAAAAUUGGGCAUGAAUCUAGGGUUAAUGUCUGAAAAAUAGAAGAAAACUUUUGAAAUUGUAAGAUUUUUGCUGCAUAACUCUGAAAUUCGAAGUCGUAUGUUGCUGCUCCGCAAGAUUCUUAGGCGAAAGAGUAAACUUCUUUGUGAUUUCAUUCUUGUCUUGUAGAUCUGGGCGACAAUCAUUGUUCAACUUUUCUAAAAUUGAAGUCAGAAAAAAACAGAAUGUAAAGAGAAUAAAUGAUAUGAUGGAGAAGUGCAUCUGUAGUGAGAGGUUCAAUUUUCUGUAGUAGAACGUUUUAUAAGGUUAUCUUUGAAAUUAGUUCAAGUGGUGCUGGAGAAAGCCACAACAAGAAGCUUUCAAUUAAGAUGAUUUGGUCCUGUUUUUCUGGCUAUUUCUAGUUUUUCUGUUGGAAAAAAAGAAUUUUUAAUAUUUAGAAACUCUAUUUCCAAUUCUGUUUUAGAACUUUUAAGACCACGAGUUGUAAAGUUUUCUGGGAGAUGCUCUGUUUUACUUGUUGAUUUCCAAUUCUUUGUUCCGGCCAUUUUUCUGUUUUUACCUCAGAUAAUUUGGCCUUUUUCCUGUUUUAAAGUUUGAAUCUUUUUAUUCGUCAUCAGUCUUAGUUUGUUUGUCAAUUGUAGUGAUUAGUCGUUUUAAAAGCUGUAUUUUGUUCUUGAUUUGGCUCUGCUUUUCAACUUUUAACAACUUUUGCAACUAUGCAUAAUUUAAUCUAACAAGUGUCUGCUACUACUUUAUGGUAGACGACGUUUGAGCUCUAGAAAUGGAGAAAGGAAAGGUGAAUACAUAUUCUUCAGAUACAGUUAGUGGGAAGGGACUAUAUUUUGGGGCUGGUGGAAGUCUGAAUAUAAUCCAACUAAAAUGACUUAGCUUGCAAGGUGAAUCUAGCGAAUAGUCUCAUGAGCUCGUAUGGAUUGAGGAAGUUAAACGGAGAAGAAGGGUUUAGAUUAGUUUGACCUUGAACAUAUCAGCAGAUUUACAAUCAUUGUUCACGUGGAAUACUAAGCAGGAACAUGGACAAUCUAGAGCGUGAUUGGAUGUACAAAAGGUUGGAUGGCCAAGGGGGUAUUAAUUCAAGUUUCAUAACCGGCGUGAACAAGUUUCUCCAGUUUGCUUGUUCUCAGCGCAAUCGCAUGAGUGGUGACAAUGUUAGAUGUCCAUGUAAAAAAUGUCACAACAUUAAAUACAUGGAUGUUGAAACUGUUAAAUUGCACCUUUAUCAGUAUGGAUUUGUUGAGAACUAUUUUCUUUGGAAGUAUCAAGGAGAAAAAAAUGUGACCGGUGAGAUGUCUUCUAGUGGUGAUUUGCAUGGUGGCGCUCAACCUGAAUCGGGAUAUGAGUAUCCAUAUCGACAAAUGGUCUUGAAUGCAGUUGGACCCAAUUUUGGCCAUGGUUUGAGCUGGCAGUCUUAUAAUAAUACUGAACCUGAGUCGUCUUAUUCUUAUAAACCUUCAAUGGCGGCGGAGCCUAAUCCUUCAAUGGAGGAGGAGCCAAAUCUUGAGUGCCAAAGGUUUUAUGAUUUGCUACAGGCUGCUGAUGCAAAAUUAUACCCUGGUUCUUCCCUCUCUCAACUCGCACUAGUUUUCAGGAUGCUAAAUAUUAAAAUGGAGAAUACUUUAUCACAAAGAGGUUAUAACCAAAUGAUGCAAUUGUUGAAAGAGGCUUUACCAGAAGAUAACACAGUGCUUGAUAACUAUUAUGAGACCAAGAAGCUAGUGCGUAGCUUGGGUUUGCCAGUUGAAAAGAUUCAUUGUUGUAAUUCUGGAUGUAUGUUGUAUUGGGGUGAAGAUGAGGACCUCCCAUCUUGCAAGUUUUGUGGACACCAGAGGUACAAACGUCGUGUCGGUUCUCGUAAGAGGAAAUUAAUCCCUUACAAAAAAAUGUAUUAUUUUCCUUUGAUUCCUAGAUUGCGGAGAUUAUAUGCAUCUCAUGCUACAACUGCUGAUAUGAGAUGGCAUCAUGAGCACAUACAAGAGGAGGGUGUAAUGCGUCAUCCUUCAGACUCUAAGGCUUGGAAGAACUUCAACGAAACUCAUCCCUUUUUUGCUGCUGAACCAAGAAAUGUGAGGUUAGGAUUAUGUACUGAUGGUUUUCAGCUUUUUGGUCAUCAAGUGAGGAAAUACUCUUCAUGGCCAGUGAUUGUCACUCCAUACAAUUUGCCUCCAGGGAUGUGUAUGAAAGAAGCGGACAUGUUCUUAACUGUCAUUGUUCCAGGGCCAAACAACCCUAAACAAAAAAUUGAUGUUUAUCUACAACCUUUAAUAAAGGAAUUGACCUUGUUGUGGGAGGACGGGUGUAGAAGCAUUUGAUAUAUCAAAAAAAUAAAAUUUUCAAUUAAGGGCCGCUUUGAUGUGGACAAUCAAUGACUUUCCAGCAUAUUCUAUGUUAUCUGGAUGGAGUACUGCCGGUAACCUAGCAUGUCCUUAUUGUAUGGAGGAAGCACAAUCCUUUAGAUUACGUCAUGGUGGGAAAACAACUUGGUUUGACAGUCAUAAAAUGUUUCUCGACCAAAAUCAUCCGUUUAGGAGAGAUCGUAAAAACUUUCGUAAAGGUCAGACUGUAAGAAGGCUACAACCACCCCUUAGAACAAGAGAGGAAAUCUUGAACCAAAUUUGUGAGUUGGGACUGAGGAAAGUAACUGAGCUAGAUGCACAAGAAGUUAAUGAGAGAAUUUCUAGGUCUUGUGGAUGGAAAAAGACAAGCAUCUUUUGGGAUUUGCCUUAUUGGAGCUCUAACAUGAUCCGACAUAAUCUCGAUGUCAUGCAUAUUGAGAAGAAUGUCUUUGAUAAUGUAUUUAACACAGUUCUUAAUGUUGAUGGCAAAACAAAAGACAAUCCAAAGGCACGUGAAGAUAUGGUAAACUAUUGCCAUCGACCGCAAUUGGCAAAGAAUCCUAUUGAUGGAAGCUAUCCCAAAGCUGCAUAUACAAUAGAGAAGAAUCAAAAAAUUAUCUUGUUCAAUUGGUUGGAAAUGUGAAGUUUCCAGAUGGGUAUGUUUCGAAUUUGAGUCGAUGCCUAGACACAGACAAGUAUAAAUUAUUUGGUAUGAAAAGUCAUGAUUGCCAUGUGUUCAUGCAACGACUAAUGCCUAUUGCCUUUCGUGAGCUACUUCCUAGUAACGUGUGGCAAACACUUACGGAAUUGAGCUUAUAUUUUAAGGAUCUCACCUCGACUGUUCUUCGAGUGGUGGACAUGGAGAGAUUAGAGGCAGACAUCCCAUAGAUCUUGUGUAAGUUAGAGCGUAUAUUUCCUCAUGGAUUCUUUAACUCAAUGGAACAUGUGCAUGUACACCUGCCAUAUGAAGCAAGGAUUGCUCGACCUGUACAAUAUAGAUGAAUGUAUCUUUUUGAGAGGUUAUGAACUUUUUAUGCUCUUAUUAUGACAAGUAUGCUACACAUGACUUUAUGAAUUUAAUUGUCUAUCCAUUUACUUGUAUAAGUACCUUCGAACUCUUAAAAAAAUGAUAGGGAAUAAGGCUAGUGUCGAGGGUUCAAUUUGUGAAGCAUACUUGAUGAUGGAAUCAACACAAUUAUUUUCUCAUUAUUUUGAACCUCAUGUCAUGACACGUAAUCAUAAUGUGGCUCGUAAUGAUGAUGGUGGUGUUA